AAUGUACUGGAUGGUAUUGUUUUUGAAUUUUGCGCCAUCGAAUAGCUUUUAGAGCCUAAAGCCAGGAGGACAACUUUCUUAUUUGGAUCUCCCAUUGAGUGUAAUAUCGCAUUCUUAGAAAUUCUCCCGAACAGGAAAUUAAUUCAGACGCCACUAAGCACCAUGGAUACUGUCAAUCAGGUGACCAUCAUCGGAGCAGGCCCAGCAGGUCUCAUGCUAGCGUAAGUCAACCCGUCGCUCCUUGCUACACUAAAUUCAUUGCAUCUGCAUUGACACAAUCAAGCUGUACGCUCUUACGAUACGGGAUUCAGGUCACCAUCCUUGAUGACAGGCCUUCUUCAACCGCUACAGGUCGAGCAGAUGGCUUACAACCAAAAACCAUCGAAACGCUCAAACAACUCGGACUUGCGGAUGCUUUGCUCGAGAAAGGUGUUAAAGUGUAUGACAUUUGCUUCUGGGUUAGUUCUUCGCGAUUCAGUUUCUACAUAUAAAGAAAAUUAACUGUGUACAGAAAUCGACAGCAACAGAAGAAUUGCAUCGUACAGCCAGGGAAAUCCAUUAUCCAACACAUGUAGUAGAUCUAUUAGAUCCACAUCUUUUACUCAUACAUCAAGGAAUGAUUGAGGAUGUUUUCAUUCAAGAUGUAAAAGCCCGAGGAGUUGAAGUGCAGAGAAAUUCUUCUUUUCUGAGAUUCGUGAAACCGACAUCUGAAAAUGAAGAUAUACACGUAGAGUACCAAGAUCUUCAAAGCGGUAAAACGAAGGGUUUGAAAACGAAAUACCUUGUAGGUUGCGAUGGCGCCCAUUCAAAUGUUAGAAAGUGUAUAGAUGGCGCAGAGAUGGAAGGAGACCAAAGUGGAAGUGUGUGGGGUAUUUUGGAUGCAGUCAUUGAAACGGAAUUUCCGGAUUUAUGGAGCAAGACUGUGGUUCAUUCAGAGAAGGGCGCAAUACUUGCCAUACCAAGAGAGCGUAAUAUGACGAGACUCUAUAUUGAGCUGCAAGACACGGCAGAGAAAGACUCGAAAGAAGUUGUUCAAGACUUUGUGAUGAAGAGAGCUGAGGAAAUUUUUAGUCCAUAUAAGUUGACAUGGAAGCGUAUCGGUCAGUGAACUUUUCCCAGUAAGUUGUGAAAUUUGCUGAUCUGAAUAGAAUGGUUUGCGGUAUACAGAUUUGGUCAAAGAGCAGCAAAACGCUUCUCAGAUGAUACGCAGCGCGUUUUCAUUGUUGGAGAUGUAAGUGAACAAUGCGAUGUCUUUCAAUGCCCUCUCGAUCUAAUAAUAUAACAGGCUGCACAUAACCAUUCCCCGAAAGCAGCACAGGGUAUGAACGUAUCGAUGCAUGACUCCUUCAAUCUUUCAUGGAAAUUGGCCCUUACCAUCAAAUCUCUUGCGCUCCCGUCACUUCUGCAAACAUACACGGAAGAACGAAAAGCCGUAGCCCAAGACCUCCUCGCGUUUGAUUUUGAACAUGCCAAUGCUUACUCUGCUGGCGAUCCUGAAGCGCUCGCGGAAAACUUUGCACAGAAUGUUAGGUUUAUAUCCGGACUUGCGGAAUAUGGCGAGAAUGUUUUAAACAUCGAAGAAGCUGCUGCAAGAAAAAACAACCGAAGACGUGGAGGCGUAUUGAAACCUGGUGCGCUAUUGCCACCGGCUAGAGUUUCCAGAUAUAUUGAUGCAAAUCCUGUCGAUCUGCAGCUUGAUAUUCCUUUGCUUGGACAGUUCCGCAUCUUUUUCUUCCUACCGGACGUUCAUCGGUCCUCUGGUUACCUGGAGUAUGUUUUCAAGAAGCUUUCUGACCCCACAGGGGUUCUCGCUCGUAUUUCUGCUGCAGCUCAUGCAUUCACACCACUUGAGACAGAAAUGGAUGACUAUAUUCAGCCAAACAGGUAUAUAGGUGUGAGCAAGAUGUUCACAUACGCUUUGGUGACAAAGAUGAACAAGGAAAAGUUCGAGAUCGCAGACUUACCAAUGAGCUUGCAAGAGAGUAGAUGGACGAUCUACGUGGAUGAUAUUUGCAAAGAUGGAAAAAGUUGCACAAGCAAAUGGGUAGGUGAUAUCGAAGAUGAUGAGAUGGUAGUUUUGAAUGUCAGACCUGAUGGAUACGUUGGUUCACUAAAAAAGUUUCAUAUAAUGUCCAAUGGAAGUGAAAAUGUUGAUGACGAGGUAGUAAAUUGGUUGCAGGAAUAUUAUGGUGGAUUCUUGAAGAGUUGAUUGGAAUUACUCAUUUCCAGAACCUCUUCCAGCAUAGAAUAUUUAGACAAGAGAGCAUGGGUCACCACGAAACCUCAAAAUAUAUCAAGAGAUAUUAAAAUCCUCCUCCCAUUAGCUGCGACUGAGGCUUUAAUAUUCUUUGAUGUUUCUCACGGAAGAAUGGGGUGAUCAACGAUAAUAAAUAGCCCAAAGU